AUGGCUCCUAUUCACUAUGCUUGUUUAAAAGGAAGGCAGGAGCUGGUCCAGUACAUUAUAGAUCAUUUAACAUCACCAGAUGAAAGUCAAUUGAUUGACAUUAUCCUCAAGCAUAAAAUUAAUAAUGGUCAAACAGCUUUGCAUUUAGCCUGUGAGAGUGGUAAUAUUCAAUUGGUCACAUUUCUAAUAAAUGUUAUGAAAUGUGAUGUCAAUGCUAAGGAUACAUGUGGUCAAGGAUGUGUCACUUCAGCCUGUUUAUCAGGAAAUCUUGAUUUAGUACAAUUACUAAUACAACAGUAUAAGCUUGAGCCUUUAGCUGCUGAUAAAUAUGGCAUAACAGCAUUACAUGCAGCAGCACAGACUGGUCAUACUCAUGUACUGGAAUGGUACAGUCAGGAGUAUAGUGUGGAUAUUACUAAUCACACUAGCAAAAACAAGUACACACUAGCUCAUUCAGCUGCUUAUAAAGGUAAGCUACAUUGUCUACAACAAUUGAUCAACAAGUAUCAUUGUGAUAUUAAUGCCACUACUACUAAUGGUAUUACAGCUCUUCAUAAAGCAUCUGAAGGAGGUCAUGUUCCUGUUGCACUUUAUCUCACUAGUCUUCCUCAGU